AUGCUGCCGCCUGAGUCUGAGGACGUGUUGAUGGAGGAGUACAUGGGGAGCAGCGAGGACCCCCAGACCCUCAAGGCCCAGUUCCAGGAGAUGAUGGCAGACGGCCUCUUCGUGAUGCCUGCGCUCCAAGUGGCCCAUCUUCAGCGCCCCCACGCGCCCACCUACUUCUAUGAGUUCCAGCACCGGCCCCACUUCCUAAAGGACAAGAAGCCGCCCCACGUGAAGGCUGACCACGGGGAUGAGCUGGCCUUUGUCUUUGGGAUCUUCUUUGUAAACCGCCAAGUGCCCCUCACUGAGGAGGAGGAGCUGCUGAGCAGGAGGGUGAUGAAGUACUGGGCCAACUUUGCUCGCAACGGGAACCCCAACGGCGAGGGCCUGCCGCACUGGCCCGUGUUCAACCAGGACGAGCGAUACCUGCAGCUGAACCUGCAGCCUGCAGCGGGCCAGGCCCUAAAGGCCUGCAGGCUCCAGUUCUGGACCCACACCCUGCCCCAGAGGGUCCAGGAGCUAAGGGGCACUGAGCAGAAGCACACAGAGCUGUAGCUGCCUGUGUGGGGGUGGGGGACAGGGGCUCCAGUGCAGGUGGGGCCCCGAUGCACUCACACACAUCCCCGGAGGAGCCAUGUUUUAGGCACUCUCACGUGACCACUCAGUCCUGCUGGCCUCCAUCCACUCAGCAGACCGCUGUGGAGAACCCAAGUCUUGAGGUUCAUUGCCAAGCCUACCAUGGGGCCCCUCGUGUGAGACACACCCAGUAUACACUCCAUGGCCCUGUGUUGGGCAGCACCAGUCCCCGCCCAGCUUCCUCAACACCCACUGGGCCCUGGGCCCCUCCUGCUUCUUGCCCCUCCACCUUCUCCCCACCCUCCCUCUCCUUUCCUCCCAGCCACAGGCCCUCCCCAUGUGGAGGGAGAUGCGUUGGGCAUUGUUGCCCACCCCUGGGUGCCUUAACCAAUCGUCCUCCUCCCAGCAUGCCCUGUGAUCUCACAUCUCUUAGAGGCCACAGAGGACCAGGACUCCAGGAGUCACCAUGGCUUCGUCCCUGCAGGCUGCCAUGAGUGGUGCCCUCAAUCCCAUCCAUGCAGCACAAAUAAAGGGUUCCAGUCCUUUCACGGCUGAGUCGCAUUCACCUGAGUGAACCUGCCACGUUUUCUUAGACCCUCAGCUCUCAAGAGACACCUGGUUACCUGCACAGCUGGGAUACCAUGAAUCAUUGAUUCAGUAAACCUGGAGUAUAGGGCUGUAGUUUUGAACAGGGGGUUAAGCCUCCACCCAUGUCGCUGGCAUCUCAUAUGAGUGAAGUUCAGGUCCCAGCUGCUCCACUCCUGAUCCCACACCCUGCCCCAGAGGGUCCAGGUUCUAAGGGGCACUGAGCAGAAGCACACAGAGCUGUAACUGCCAGUGUGGUGGUGGGGGCCCCCGAUGUGCUCAUAUACACCCACAGAGGAGAGAUUUAUUCAGCAGUCUCAUGUGGCCACACACUCCUCCUGGCCUCCGUCCACUCAGCAGUCCAUUGUGGAGAACCCACGCCUUGAGGUUCAUUGCCAAGCCUGCCCUGGGUCCCCUCGUGAGAGACGCACCCAGUACACCUCCAUGGAGCUGUGUGGGGCAACACCAGUGCCAGCCCAGCUUCCUCAACACCCACUGGGCCCUGGGCCCCUCCUGCUUCUUGCCUCCUCAAACUUCUCCCACCCUCCCUCUCUUCUCAGCCAGCCCCAGGCCCUCCCCAUGUGGAGGUAGCUGGUUGGGGAUUGUUGCCACCUCUGGUGCCUUAAGACCCCUGCUCCUCCUCCCAGCCUGCCCUGUGAUCUCACAUCUCUUAGAGGCCACAGAGGACCUGGACUCCAGGAGUCACUGUGGCUUCACCCCUGCAGGCUGCCAUGAAUGACGCCCUCAAUCUCAUCCAUGCAGCACAAAUAAAGGGUUCCAGUCCUUUCACGGCUGAGUCGCA